UAGAUUAUAUCAAACAACUGAAUGCAUUAGUUUAGGUCUGUGAUGUUUAUACUGAUAUCUUUUUGACUUCAUGUUACAAGCAUUCGAUAUACUUAAUUUCGCGCGAAUCCAGUCACGUGGUAGGAGAAGCAACCUCGCCAUUUUGCAGAGUGAAGUUCUUUGUUGACGACGUCGCUAAUAUAUUGCCGCCGGUCGAGGAGGUGUUAAAAGGGCGGCGAAAUGGCUCAGUUUGGAGCUGGGAAGAACCCUCCCUGGGCGAGACCCCAGGCUGGAGUCACAGUGUCUGCUGGUCUAGCUGCCACCCUUAACCAGCCCCAAGUGGGAAAUCCCCUCCUGGGUCAGCCGGGUGUGGCCAACCCCACAGUAUAUAGCCUGGGAGCCAGUCAAGCCAGCUUGGCACAGCAACAGUUUGCUCUCCAGCAACAGGCAGCAGUAUCACAGAUAGGCCAGGUACAUCCAGGUAUAGCCAUUCCUACUACACUGGCCACCACUCAGGUAGCCACUGUCAGUUACCCCACUCCCAGGGCAGCCCAGCAACCUCAGCCCAAACAGAGGGUCUUUACAGGUGUGGUAACCAAGCUACACGAUAACUUCGGAUUUGUGGACGAGGAUGUUUUCUUCCAGACAAGUUGUGUGAAGGGACAUCCCCCUAAGGUUGGAGACCGUGUACUGGUAGAGGCCUCAUACAAUGCCAACAUGCCCUUUAAGUGGAAUGCAACAAGGAUACAGGUUUUACCUACACAGCCUGGAGGCAUACAACAGCAGCAGCAGCAGUUGCCACCUCCACAGUUCCAGCCUCCUGUACCCAUCCAGGGGCAGCAGACCUUCAAGCAGCCCAGUGUGGCCACCCCCAAUAUACCUCCUCCCACCAUUACUCCCAGCAUAACACCCAGUGUCCUUGGGCCCAUCACCCCCUCACAGCUGUCACAUCCGCCGCCACCAUUAAUGGGACAAGGAGGGCUUUUGCCACCACCCAAUCAUGGAAGAUUUAAUGCACCAGCUGGACGCUCUGAAAGAGGGCGCUAUGAUAGGGACAGGGAAAGAGAACGUGACAGGGACAGGGGUGAACGUGAGAGGCGGAGAUCACCAAAGAGAGCUAGGUCAAGGUCACCUAGAAGACGUUCCCCAAGAAGAAGUCCUCCGAGGAGGCGCCCAGCCAGAAUAGUGCCACGCUAUGUGGUGCAGGUACCAAAGAUAACACUGGACAUAAAAGAGGCAAAUGUCAUGCAGCUCCGUUCACGCUAUACCAACCUAUACAUCCCCAGUGAUUUCUUUAAUGCCGGAUUUGCAUGGGCUGAUGCCUUUCCCUUACAUCGCCGCUUCCAGCUGGGCAACCACUGUAUCUUCCAUGUGAUGAGCAAGGAAGUGGAAGCAUUGGAACCUAACACAGCAGUGCUGGAGCCUCCAGAUGCUGACCAUCUCUAUAGUGCUAAGGUAAUGUUGAUGUCUAGUCCCACUUUAGAAGAGCUAUAUCACAAGACGUGUGCCCUGGCAGAAGACUCCAGUGAGCAGAAGGAAAGUUUCCAGCACCCAACACGCUUGUUGUCCUUCCUGGUUGGUUUGAAGGGGAAGAGUGAACCUAUGGCUAUUGGAGGGCCGUGGUCCCCCUCCCUGGAUGGCCCUAACCCUGCUGAAGACCCUGCUGUGCUCACUAGAACUGCCAUACGGACCACCAAAGCCUUAACUGGUAUAGAUCUUAGUGCCUGUACACAGUGGUAUCGCUUUGCAGAGAUCCAUUACCAUCGUCCAGAAGAGACUCACAAAGGGCGUGUGGUCCCGGCCCGUGUUGAAACUGUCGUGCUUUUCUUACCAGACGUAUGGAGCUGUCUCCCCACCCGCCUGGAGUGGGAGGUCCUGCAGACAACUUACAAACACCAGCUGACAGAUAAGCUAGCAGAGGAAGCCAAGGAGGAACAGGCACUGAUUAUUAUCUUGUUAAAUGUUCAUAUAAUACACAACACACAAAUAACAACAUUUCAGCUGGUUGACUUGAGAAAGGAGCUGGAGGCUCGUAACUUGAGCAGUAAGGGUUUGAAAUCUCAGCUGAUUGCCAGGCUCACCAAGGCUCUGAAGACAGAGCAAGAGAAAGAGGAACAGGAGGCUGAGAGCAAAGAGGCAGAAGAAGAGCACAAGAAAGAGGAGGAGGAAGAGAAAAUGGAUACAGAUGAAAAAGAGGAGGAGAAAAAGAAAAAAGAGGAUGAAGAGAAGAAGCGUCGUGAGGAACGAGAAAAAGUUGCCCGAGAGCGCCGAUAUACUCUACCUGAAAGUCCAGCCAUAUUGGUCCAUCCAUCAUCUGUGGCCAAGAGUGGAAAAUUUGAUUGCACAAACAUGUCCCUCAGUGUUCUCUUAGAUUAUAGACCAGAGGACAACAAGGAGCACACUUUUGAGGUAUCCCUGUUUGCUGAAUUGUUCAAUGAAAUGUUGAUGCGGGACUUUGGGUUUAGCAUUUACAAAGCACUUGUGGUGGCUCCAGAAAGAAAAGAGGAAGAUAAAGAAAAAGACAAGGAAAAGAAAGACAAAGAUGAGAAACAUAAGGAAAGGUCUGCGAGCAAGGAACCAAGCUCCAAGCGACGUAAGACGGAUGAAAAGGAUGAGAAAGAGGACAGAAAGGAAGAUGAGAAGGAAAAAGAAGUCAAAGCAGAGGUAAAAGAAGAGAAGAAAGAAAAAAAGGAAGAGAAAAAAGAUGAAAUUAAGGAAGAAGAGGAAGAGGAGGAAGAAGAGGAGGAUCAAGAGAAAAAAGACAAAGAGAAAAAGAGAGAAAAAGUGAAGUUCUACACUGCCUACCCAGAACUUUUGCUAGCAUUUGUGUACUUUGACCAAAACCACACAGGCUACCUCUUGGACAAGGAUGUGGAGGAAAUAAUCCACACACUAGGGUUGCAGCUAUCAAGAGCUCAGGUUAGAAAAUAUGUACAGAAACUGGUUUCUAGGGACACCCUGAACUACAGAAAGUUAACAGACAAACCAUGUCCCAAAGAUGGCUUAGAAACACCAGUGGCAGAGGGAGAGCAAACGGAGACAAAGAAAGAAAAUCAGACAGAGGCCCUAGAUGAAGAAACGAUGGCUAUAGGUAAUAAUAUUUUCCUGAUAAAGGAGAAGAAGGAACCAAUAGAAAAAGAGGUGCGUACCCGCAGCAGACGUGGUAAGAAGGAGGGAGAGCAGAAAGAAGAGGCUCUCAGUGCGGACACUGGUAUGGUGCUCUACAAGGGAUCGCUACUGGACCUCGACAGCUUCAUGCAAAGACUGGAGAAGAGUGAGAAAGCCAGGGUCCAACUGGAAACCAAGUUAAAGGAGUAUCAAGAUGAUAUGGAUUCUCUAAAAGGCAGCUUUAACAGCAGUGAACAACACAGUCAGAAGGUUGUGUUGGAAUUACAAGAACUCAAAAAGAAACUAAGAGACCAAACUAAAGCUACAAAUGAAGCUGAAACACUAGUGAAAAAGUAUCAUGCUGCAUUAGACAGCUCCAAAAACAGUCUUAUUAAAACUCUGAAUGAGAUCACUUCAGCACUUGUCAAACAGGAGCCAUCAGAGGACAAGGACAUGGCAAACGGAGACAAGUAAACAGAUGUACAAAUUAAAUAAAAAUAACAGCUGAGCUUGAAAUUAUCCAAAGAAUGAAUUUGGUGGUACAACAUUUCCCAACAUCCAGCAUGCCUUUAUGUUAAAGUCUUGGAGAGGUAACUGCCUUCUGUGCUUUGGAAAGGUAUGCUAUCCUCAUACCUUGAUGGAUGUAAUUUGACUGCCUUGUAGUUUGAUAGGCAUAUGACUUGUUCAUUUCACACCUGAAAAUGCAAUAUUCUGCUUUUAUGAUUAGAAAUAAUUUUAAUUAUUUUGCAUGUGAUUUAUCUUUGUUUUAAAUAGAAAUUAUUUCCAAAUGUCUUUAGAAAUACAAAUUAUGUUGACACAUUUUUCAUUAGUGCUUAUCUUUAGUUAGCAAUGGAUAUUUUGGGUAUUGAGUUGAGCAUGUUGAACCUAUUCCUGUAAACCUAAUUGUGCCAUCAGUUGGAAAACUUAUUUGGGGUUCUGUUCAAGAGGAUUAUUGUCUCCAAAUACUCCAAAACAAAAUUCUGAAUAAUGCUUUGUUGGAAGAAGUGUUUUGGGAUAGCAGAGGUCAUGGACUCCUUAUUGUUGCGCUGUUUAUUGUACAGGUAUCAUAACAAGUGUCAAAUCAUGUAAUUUUUCAGCACCUACUCUUCAAAUCACUGUAGAUAUAUAUAACUGCAUGUCAUCAGCUCUCAGAUAUAAAAUGAUACAAUAAAGGAAAAACAUUAUUGUCAUUGAUAUA